GACCACGGAUACCCAAGUCGACGACGAGUAUAAAUACCCGUACGUGAACGCAACGCCAUCCUCCCUUGCUACACCGCAAUCCUCACCUCCCCCACCAACUCCCCCAUCAUGACUUUCCCACCACCCCCCACCAACACUAUCGACUGGGCGAGUGGCAUCGGCUUCAAAGUCCGCGAAGUCAACGGACACAUCGAAACCCACUACAGCGUGAAGACCGGGAAAUGGACAUCGCCAGCCUUCGUGACCGACCCCUACCUGCGCCUCCACGGCAUGGCUCCCGCCCUGAACUACGGGCAGCAGGCCUACGAGGGCAUGAAGGCCUUCCGCAGUCCCGACAACCAGAUCAACAUCUUCCGUCCACGCAAGAACGCAGCCCGGCUCGCGCACUCGGCCGAGUUCGUCUCCAUGCCUCCCGUGCCCGAGGAGUUGUUCCUGCAGUGUGUGCACGCGGCCGUGUCUCUGAAUGCUGAAUUCGUGCCCCCUCAUGAGACUGGCGCUGCCAUGUACAUCCGCCCUCUGCUCUUCGGAUCCAGCGCCCAAUUGGGCCUGAACCCACCCGAGGAAUAUACCUUCGUCGUGUACGUGCUGCCGGUAGGCGUGUACCACGGUGUCCAUCCCGUCAAGGCGCUUAUUCUGGAAGACUUCGACCGUUCCGCGCCUGACGGAACAGGAAGUGCGAAAGUUGGAGGCAACUAUGCCCCAGUACUACGCUGGAGUGAAAAGGCGUCGAAGGAAGGAUACGGGAUCACGCUGCAUCUGGAUUCCAAGACCCGGUCUGAGAUCGAUGAGUUUUCCACCAGUGGGUUCAUUGGGGUCAAGAAAGAUGGAGACAACGUAACGGUCGUGGUCCCGAACUCGAAGAACGUUAUUGAGAGUGUAACAUCCGAGUCUAUCUUGGGCAUUGCCCAGAGCCUGGGAUGGAAGACCGAGAAGCGCUCCAUCAAAUACGAAGAGCUCCCCACCUUCAGCGAAGUCAUGGCCGCAGGUACCGCCGCCGCCCUCGUCCCCAUCAAAUCCAUUACGCGCAAGUCCCGUUCUGAAACCUCCACCUACAUCCCCGCCGACUCCGAAGAGCCAGGUCCCAUCUGCCUCAAGCUCCUCACUACUCUCCAAGGCAUACAAUUGGGCAAGAUCAAGGAUACGUUCGGCUGGAAUAGUAAGGUGGAGCAGGUCAAUGUGAAGGAUUACACGCCAUGAGAGGUCAUGAACGGCGUUAUUGGGAAGAAUGUUUAUAAAUUGCCCUAGAAUGGGAGCACAAAAAGGGAACAAAAUAAAAGUUUUGGUCUUGUUGAAACUGGAAACUUCUCACGG